GAGGGCGGUUGCAGAAAGGUGUUGAGACCUGCCUUUUCCCUCCCCCUGUUCCUCCGCCUUCUUGAACGGCCCCGAGGCUGCUUGGGCGGUCACCGGAACAGCUGGGAGAGAGGGCUGGGAGAAGCUGAGUUAGAGGGUACGGGUCAGCCUGAUCUUUAGCCCGGCAGCUUCCUAGCUGCAGCAGCCAAGUGCGCACGGGGCAGACCCGCAUCCCUGGGCACACCCUCGGACCCGCCUGGGCGGAGUCUCUGGCCGAGGUGCGGCCCCCGGGAGCCGGGGCGGAGAAGUGGGUCAAAUUGCAUAGGCCUCCCCUUCAGUCAGGCCUGGCCCUAAUUCCGCAUCUUUUCCUGGACCUUUAACGCUACCCCCCCCCCCCAACGUCCGAGAUGUCCGACUCAGAACCAGAACCAGACCCAAAUCCAGAGGAGGAAGCUGCUGAAGACGCCCCCGCCCCAGAGACACCCAACUGGAAGGGCUUGGAGGAGGCAGCCGCGGAGCCUGGUAGUUAUGAGAUCCGGGAGUAUGAACCCGCUAAGUGGGUUAGUACCUCUGUUGAGUCAAUGGACUGGGAUGCAGCCGUCCAAGCUGGCUUCACAAAACUUCAUAAUUACAUUCAAGGCAAGAAUGAGAAAGAGAUAAAGAUAAAGAUGACUACCCCAGUGACAAGCUAUGUGGAGCCAGGGUCAGGGCCAUUUUGUCAGUCUACAAUUACCAUUUCCUUAUACAUUCCUGCUGAACAGCAAUCUGAUCCACCCAAGCCUUCAGAGUCAGAUGUCUUUAUUGAAGACAGAGCUGCAAUGACAGUGUUUGUGCGGUCUUUUGAUGGGUUUUCUAGUGCCCAGAAGAACCAGGAACAACUCUUGACAUUAGCAAGCAUUUUGAGGGAAGAUGGAAAAAUCUUUGAUGAAAAGGUUUACUACACUGCUGGCUAUAACAGUCCUUCUCAGUUGCUUAAUAGACACAAUGAGGUGUGGUUGAUCAAGAAAAAUGAACCUCCCAAAGAAAAUGAAUAAAAAAAAAGUUCUUCAGCUAAAGGCAAAAGUGCUGCUUAAUGUAGAUCUCAAUACUGCUGUUAAGCUAAUUGCUAAUUUAGUCUCUUCUGUAUAAGAACACCAUCAGCUGAACUUUCAAAUGUGCCUUUCCUAAAGCCUAAAGCCUCCCUUUGCUUCAAGAAUAGGCUGGCAAGUCACAGUUUCCUGCUAAAAACAACACAAUCCUUUAAACUGAUUAAUGGUAGUUGUCUUUCUUCUUUUUCACCACAGGGUCAGGGGGAAACAGCCAUGGUUGUAUUUGUCUUCUUUUCUGACUUUAAUAUGGUUUUUUCCUAUCUUUGCUUCAAGAAUAGAACACUGUCCUCUCUUCCACCAGUGAAAUUCUUACAUAUUUUACCAUCUGUGGAAAUAGUGCCAAGCUAUCGGCCAGUAGAGAUCCCAAAUUUCCAGUUGAUGAUGGUUGAUCAGUAAUGGAAGCUUCUUAUCACUAUGGACAGCUGGAGUUCUCUAUUCCAUUGUCAGCUAAUUUCUACCCACCCUCUGUAAGGACUUGUAAAAGUUGCGACUAACAUUAGGGUAAUGGUCCAAGUCAGUUUUUUCUAACUCUGCUUUUGUGACUUGCAGAAUAUUCUAUUUCAAAAGAUGCCUCAUUAUUAUUUUAAAAUUUUUUAA